AUGGUGUGCGCCGGCUAUCCGCAGCGCGUCAUAUGGGCCGCCGACAGAUUGGGCAAGGACUAUCGAAGCGCGCCGUCGGCAGCUUCUGCUUCCCCCCCUGCCUCGGCCUUGCCCUCGUCACUGUCGUCGAAUGCCGCCAAAUCGCAAAAGAGACGGCGGAAAGAGCUCGCGCCGAAGCUCGCCGACGGCAAUGCUCCGUCGCCGGAACAAGACGUCAAAAAGACACCGACGAGUGAUGCCGCGACGGCAAAAAGCGAAAGCCCGGUCCUGGAAUGGCGUCGACUGCCGGCCGCGGAUCAAAACAGCUUCAUUACCAGUCUCGUCGCCUUUUGUCAACACAUUAUAUCAUCAGACGGAUCGGCAGCAUACCAUGGUCGUCACCUCUCGUCUGAAGCCGUCCGACUCAUCUCCAGGCUUCACGAUCUGAUGCAGGCGCGUAUCGAGGGCCGCUCAACUGGGCCACUUGCCGGGGGGGACACGCGGGACUCUGUAGAGACGGCUCGCCACCGACUUGCGGCGUUGAUUGGCCUCAACGAGGCUCUUGAAGCCGCAAAUCCCUUUGCCUUCCUGGGAAUCGCCGCCUUUGCCGUGCUCGAGGUGUGCGACAGCCCUUUCGGUGAGUGGCAGCGGCACCUUCACGGCGCCAAAUCCCUUCUAGAUUGCCACUGCCCGGACCAGCGUGCCUUGGAAAGGCUGUCCCACACGGUGACGGGUCUGACAGACAUCGUGGCCCGAUUGGUCUGGUGGGACACGCUGGGAGCCGUUGCCAGGGGCAGCAGGGGUCUUAUUUUUGAUGACUGGCAUCGGCAGGCGAUUGACCAGAGCAUCUUUGAGGUCGUGGGAUGCUCGGCAGAUACCUUCGACCUCUUUAGCCGGGUCGCCCAGGGUCAGGUUUCCACCGAUGGCUUGCGUUGCUGCAUCAUGGCUGUGGACCAGCUUGCCCAGGUCGACUCGGGCGAGUCUGCCUGGGCCCUCUCGGCCAACGUCAACCGUUGUGCAUCCGCCAUUGCCGUGCUGGCCCAGUGUGAGGACACGGCGGCAGACGGCCAUGCGCACCGAGCCUUGGAUUCGGCUGUCGAGCGUGCCUGCCAACUCAUUUCUCGCAUGAACCCAUCGUCCAUCUACUACAUUCACGUAGCCGUAUCGGCCUACUUGGCCGGCAUGCAUGCUGCCUCCACCCAUCAGUGCAGAAUUCUGCGAGCGUAUUGGCAUCACUGCAACCAUGCAGGCGUCCAACGGUACCCUGACGGCUUGGCCAAGUGCGAAGAGCGCUGGAGAGAGAGAGGACUGGCGGGACGGGUCGAGUGA